AGUUCAGCCUGCUUGUCACAGCGGUUACUGGAAAUGACACCCGGGAGGCGGUCGAAUAGCAAACAUGUAAAAAAAAACAUGUGCUAUAGCUGCGAUUCAUCCGGAAUCCACAUUUUCAUCAGAUUUAUAUAAUAACGCGAUAUAGGUCAUUUUUCAUUAAUUAAAGGACCGAUAAAAGACCGCAGUGCCAAAUGGACGUCGACGGUAUCUGAAUGAACCCAGCAUCAUUUCUAGCCAACGGACUGAAAUUAAAAAAAACAUAUCCUUCAUGUGUUCAAGUCUGGUGGUGUGUUCAUUCCGUCUAGCAGCCUUUGCGAGCAGCUUUGCUGCUGUAUCGGUGGACGAAAGAGAUCAGAGAGGACUCGGUUCUGUCCUUAUCCACAGCAGUAGAAGUUUAGCGCCGUGAUUUUGUAUUUCCCCCCCCUCCCUCAUGUUACUGCAAAGAUCCAUCUCCACAUUUCCCUGAUGAAAAUUCAUCUUUGGAACGGUACCCGGGACGUGACAGAGAUGAUGUCGAGUAAAAGUGUAGAAUGGCUUCAAGAAGAACUGGAGUCCGGGCUCGGGGUGAGCUCACUACUGCUGCUGGACUGCCGAUCUCAUGAACUCUACGAAUCGUCGCACAUUGAAUCCGCCAUCAACCUGACGAUUCCCGGUUUGAUGCUGCGGAGACUGAAGAAGGGGAAUCUACCGAUCCGGUCCAUCAUCCCUAACAACGAGGAUAAGGAGAAAUUCGUGAAGCGAUGCAAGACGGACAUGGUUGUUCUGUAUGACGAGGCUACUACGGACUGGCAGGAGACCGGUGUGGCGAGCUCUGUUCUCGGCUUGCUGUUGCAAAAACUCCGAGAUGAAGGUUGUAAGGCUUUCUACCUGGAAGGUGAGAAUUAACUUCUUUUCAUCUUUUUUUGUUAUGUUCUCGUAUUAUUUUAUUUUCUGUUUCCUAGUACAUUUUCAACGUCUAAAGACUAGGCUACUUGUCAACAACAACAAAAACAAAUGGACUAUAGGAUCAUUUCUAUUCUGUUCCCUGCGUGUCGGAGUUUGGAGACUAGUUAGACUACUCGUCUAAUGAAACAGUUACACAAAUGGACUACAGCGUAAAGUUACAUUGUGGCUAAGUCAAGGCAGCGGAAUGUAACUAUGUAUCCGUUCAUUUCCCUCUCGCCAUGUUAUUAUCGACUAUGGAGUGGCUAUUUGCCUGUAUUCUGUAUCAUAUUAAAGUUUUAAAAUGUGUUUUUUUGUCUAAAUGAAAAGGUCAACGGAAGGCAGCCACGGUUCCUAUGUAAUAAUGUGU